CUUGGUUAAGGGUUAAUGUCCUCAUAUCCCUGUGUCCAGGUAAAGUACGACGAAGACAGAAGGCAUGGACGAAUGGAGCACAUCCUACAAGCGGUGCGAUGCCAGUAUCUCACGCCCAGCUUCCUCAAGGAACAGAUGAGCACGUGUCAAGUGUUAAGGAAAGUGCCCGCCUGUAGGGAGUACCUCGCGAAAAUAUUUAAGGAUCUCACACUACACAAGAAGCCCGUCGUGAAGGAGCGGCGGCCGAACACGCCGCGCAUCAUCUACGUGGCGGGCGGCUACUUCCGCCACUCCAUCGGCGUGUUCGAGGCCUUCAACAUCGACGACAACUGCUGGACCGCGCUGCCGCAGCUGACGGUGCCGCGCUCCGGCCUCGGCGCCGCCUUCCUCAAGGGUCUAUUCUACGCGGUGGGCGGUCGCAACACGUCGCCGGGCUCGUCGUACGACAGCGACUGGGUGGACGUGUACAACCCCGCCACCGACCUCUGGCGGCCCUGCAGCCCCAUGUCCACACCAAGACAUAGGGUAGGAGUAGCUGUAAUGGACGGAUUAUUAUACGCAGUUGGAGGCUCAUCAGGUUCAGACUAUCACAAAUCAGUAGAAUACUACGACCCGGAACGCGACACGUGGACACCAGUAGCGCCAAUGGGUUGCGCGCGACUCGGGGUAGGCGUAGCGGUCGUCAACCGCUUGCUGUACGCAGUCGGCGGCUUCGACGGCGCCGGCCGCGUGCGCUCCGUCGAGUGCUACCACCCCGAGAACAACUGCUGGACGGAAGUCGCGCCCAUGAGUCAAGCCCGCAGCGGUGCCGGCGUAGCAGCACUAAACCAGUACAUCUACGUGGUGGGCGGCUACGACGGCUCGCAGCAACUCGCGUCGGUGGAACGAUACGACACAGAACGUAACGUGUGGGAGCUCGUCGCGGCCGUCAACAUCGCGCGCUCGGCGCUCUCGCUUACCGUGCUGGACAACAAGCUUUACGCCAUGGGCGGCUACGACGGCACGUCGUUCCUGAACAUCGUGGAGGUGUACGAGCCGUGCGCGGACGCGUGGCGGCCCGGCACGCCGCUGCCCUCCGCGCGCUCCGGUCACGCCUCCGCCGUCUGCUACCAGCACGUGGCACCGCCCGAAGGCGUCGACGCGCAGCCCGCAGUUUUGCGCCGACGCUCGCGCCGCUCCGACCACGCCUCCACCUCGCGCGCCGACGACAUCCCGUCCGCCAACAACAUCAUCCCCACGCUGUCGCACAACAACUUAUAGCACACGCCCUGUAUACAGCUACAGCGACGGUUGGUCACACCUGAAACUUGGCCCAGGUGGAAGUUGUCCAAUAUACCUCAGUGUGCUGAUGAUUAUGCUAUGGAUCAUUAAAGAACCGUUUUGUGGGGCGGAGAAACUUCAAACGCCUCCUACUACAACUUAUAGCACACGCCACAAACUGAAGCAGGUGACAGGGUAACGUGCCAGGUGAAAAGGUGGAAAUUGGCCAAUAUACCUCAGUGUGCUGACGAUUAUGCUAUGGAUCAUUAACGCAGAAUCCACUGUGUCGUAGCGCGCAUACCCUCCGCCAACAACAUCAUCCCCACGCUGUCCCACAACAACUUAUAGCACACGCCCUGUAUACAGCUACAGCGAUGGUUGGUCACACCUGAAACUCAUUCCAGCUACGGUGCAAACAGCGAGACCUCCCGGUGGAAAUUGUUCAGUAUACCUCAGUGUGCUGAUGAUUAUGCUAUGGAUCAUUAAUCCUUCAAGCUCCGCGAAUCUAGACACAAUAGAUAAUCAAUUGUUAUGACAUUAAUUAAUGCCGUCUGGGACUCAAUCGGUUAAAGAACCGUUUUGUGGGGCGGAGAAACUUCAAACGCCUCCUACUACAGCUUAUAGCACACGCCACAAACUGAAGCAGGUGACAGGGUAACGUGCCAGGUGAAAAGGUGGAAAUUGGCCA